UGACCAGCUGUUUUUUGAAGGUAAACAAAAUACACUGUCAAACUAAAUCGAAGUUUUUGUAGUUUUUCGCGCAAUUAUAAUUAAAAUCGUAAGCAAAUGGCUAAACAUCAUCCAGAUUUAAUAUUCUGUCGAAAGCAGCCGGGUGUGGCUAUCGGCCGUCUCUGCGAAAAAUGUGAUGGAAAAUGUGUAAUUUGUGAUUCUUAUGUGAGACCCUGCACUCUGGUCCGCAUAUGCGAUGAAUGUAAUUACGGCUCUUAUCAGGGAAGAUGUGUGAUAUGCGGUGGUCCUGGAGUCUCAGAUGCGUAUUAUUGCAAAGAGUGCACGACUCAAGAAAAAGACAGAGAUGGUUGCCCGAAAAUUGUCAAUCUUGGCAGCUCCAAAACGGACUUAUUUUACGAACGUAAAAAAUAUGGGUUCAAACAAAACUAUUAACGUUGUUUAGAAAUUUACUCAUAAGACUUUAAUAAACGUUUUUCAAUUAACACGUAAGCAUUUAUUAUAAUAAUGGUACA